CACUCAACAGAAAAAUUGAAAUAAGUCACUUGAUUUGAUAUUCAAUAUUUUGAUAUUGUUGUUGUAAGGUUUUGUAAUUGCCAUUUGCUAGACAGAUAAGUAAUUAAGAAAAAAUUGCAAAAAUAUUAAGAAUGGGUCAUGCAUGUGAUUGGGACUUUUUUAUUAACAUUCAUAAAGAGCAGCUAGUCUCAUCUGGAGUUCCUCCGUUAUUUUGGAGAACAAUUUAUGAAAAACUUCUGAAUCAAACUUUCGAUAUAGGCCAAGUGGUUCAGUUGUUGAAGUUUGAAAAGGAUGAAAUUCAUAAUUCUGAACCAACCUGGGGUUUGCAAUGUAUAUCUCCAAUUCUUAAAUCUGACUCGAAAAAUAUUUUUCUUAUUGAUCACGCAUGGACUUUUCGCUUAGAAAAUGCCAGGAAACAACUGAAAGAAAAUGAGAAUUUAAGAAAAAGGAUGGCAGCUCUCUUGAAUUUAGAUUGUUCUUUAUCAAAUAUCGAACUUUCUGAACAAAUAUUUUCAAAUAUGUGGCCUUUCUGUUUUAGUUAUUCCAUUGCAAAUGCAUCUAAAACAGAAGAUUGUUUACCUAUUUGGUAUAUUAUGGAUGAAAUUGGAUCAGCUUUGAUUCAUAAUGAAGAACCUAACUGUAGAAUAGUCCCAUUUUACUUCAGUAAUGAGCAAAUAAGUUAUUCAUUGUUAUUUCCCAUUGAGGAUAUACAGCAAGAGGAGUUUCUUUACAGAGAUUUUGCUGAGGGUGUUCAAAAUGAACAAGAUAAAGAUGUGUUACUUUUACCUUGGAAAACAAGUGAUAUCAAAUAUAGUUUAAUUCCAAAUAGACCAACAUCAGAAUAUUUUUUGGAAGGACAUGUAAGAGAAUCACUUCCAAAUUUAGGAUGCUUGAAAAGAUGUGAUCACAUACAGUCUAAGAAGAUGAAGGUUUUUGCCCAGUACUCUUUAGUUAGGGAAUAUUUAUCUUCUGAUCUCUUUCAACUUGUUGAAGACAAGGUAGAGGCAGAUAUUUGGUGGUUAACUGAGCAUUUUAAAAAUUUCGAAGAAUUGAGUGAAAGUCCAGAAAAAUUUAUCAAUCAAUUUCCUUUUGAGUAUGUCAUUACAAUAAAAGAUUUACUGAGUAUAACAUGUCGAAAUGAAAACGAAAAAAAUAUAGAAAAUUUCUGGCCUUCGUGGAUGCCUAUAACUUACAACUUGAAGACAGAGUUGGGAAAUUUUGUUGCUUUUUAUAAAAAGAGAGAGAUAGAAGGAUUAGAUAAUACUUGGAUAAUUAAACCUUUUAAUUUAGCUAGAGGAAUGGAUACUCAUAUAACAAAUAAUUUAAAUAGCAUAAUAAGGCUUUCUACUACUACUCCCAAAAUUGUUCAGAAAUAUAUUACAAAUCCAGUUUUAUUCCACAGGCCUGAAUGUAAUGGAUAUGUGAAAUUUGAUAUAAGAUAUGUUUUGUUAGUAAAAAGUGUAAAACCAUUGAAAGCCUUCAUUUAUAAGAAAUUUUUCCUUCGAUUCUCAAAUAAACCAUUUGAAUUGAAUGGAUUCGAUGAAUAUGAAAAACAUUUUACUGUAAUGAAUUAUAAUCAAAGUACCAUUUUGAAACAUAUGUUGUGUGAAGAAUUUCUCUCGGAAUGGUCUGAACAAUAUGGAAACCAUGAUUGGAACAAAAUUGAGAUUGAAAUCAUGUCUAUGCUGAGGGAAAUAUUAAAGAAAGCAACCUUGCACGACCCACCUUGUGGUAUUGCUGAAAGUCCACAAUCCAGAGCAUUAUAUGCAGCUGAUAUAAUUUUAGAAUGGGAUAAAAACAACAAAAUCCAACCAAAAAUUCUUGAAAUUAAUUGGACUCCUGAUUGUAAACGAGCUUGUGAAUACUAUCCAAAUUUCUUUAAUGACAUAUUUCAAUUAUUGUUUUUAGAUAGAGAAAACCCAAAUAUAAAAGAAAUAUGAUUCCCAUUUUUGUAAACUAUUCCAAGUCGUUGUAUUCAUCAAGAUUAUUGUGAAUAUAUGAUGUAACAAUUGAUAGAA